AUGGAGGUACGGCGGGUCCGCGCCAAGGAGGAGCUCAUGUCGGAUCUGGAGGACCGUAAGACGCAAAUGAGGGCCAUCGGCGAAGAGAUGAAAGCAGCUCUUGCUCGGGAGUACGAACUAGAUCGUAUGCGUACGGAAAUUGGCGCCAAUUAUGCGAUGUCGGAGGCGUUUCACGCUCUGGACGAUGUCGAAAAGGAGGUCCAGCGAAUCAAACAGCAGCUGCAAGCUGAUAAGGCCGACCUCGCCGCCUGGGAGGCCCAGACUGCCGAGGAGCGCUCUCGAGGGCUGUUCUUCAAGAGCCUGUACUCCCUGACAAGGAACCACGGCAACCCCCAACAGAUUCGCUCCCCGUUCCGCCUCUACCUCUUCUCCUACCUGUCCGCCUUCCUGGCGCUGCUCGUCAUAAACGAUGUACUGGUGAUGUCGUCGGUGCCCCGUCCGGAGGCGGCUGAGGCGGCGGCGGUGGAGGCGGCCGUGACGAUGCCCCACGUCGCCAAAGAUGCGCUGUACGGCAUGCUGUCAGCGGGGCUAGGCUAUGUGGCUGUACUGGAACGCCAGGCACUGGGGCAGGCGCAGCAGCAGCAACAACAUCAACAGCAGCAGCAACAAGAUGGUGACGAGCCUUAA